AUGCCUUCAAGCCAUUGCGACGAUGCAUCCCAACACAACGGCAAACAGUCCACGGCCUCUAAAUCAACAAAAUCAUAUGGAUCAAAAAAGCCUUCAGUCUCCAGUUCUAACAUGAUGGUUGUCCAAGCAAGGGCUAAAGCAGAAGUGGCCAAAGCCAGAGCUGCCUUCGCAGAUAAAGAGAAGGAGCUAAAGAUUGAAACGGCUCGCAUUCAAGCCAUCCUGGAAGCCAUGCAAGAGGAGAAAGAAAUGAACGCUGCCAUAACUGAAGCGGAAAUACUCGAAGCAGGCAUGUUAGAAAAAGAAUGUGAGUCACAGGAAAAUGCACCUUUACUCGUUCCUCUUGACCAGCAGCUUCAGCGCACAGCUGACUAUGUGCAUGAUCAAGCCCACAUCCAACCUAUCCACCAGGCAGCUCAAUCCGACGACAAAGACACUACAUUCUAUCUGCUUCCAGUUGCUGCCAGCCAACAUGAUCAGCUAUACCAGGCUUCAGGUGGAGUCUCCCCUCAGCAGCUGGCCGCUCCGAGGCAGCAGUGGCAUGGUGUCCAACCUGCUGACCAUGGCUCUCAACUUAGAUCCUCCCAGCCAGUCGCCUAUCAGCCCCAUUACGAAUCUCCUGUACCUGCCAACCAAGGUACUCAAACCACCACACUCGACCUCGUCAAAUGCAUGGCCCGUUUGCAGCUAGUGACCACCGGGUUAACUGCCUUUGACGACAAACCAGAGAACUAUUGGGCUUGGAAAUCAUCCUUCCAGGGAGCCACUGCCAGCCUGGACCUUUCGCCAAGAGAAGAGUUGGACACGCUCGUCAAGUGGCUUGGGAAACAGUCAUCGGAGCAUGCCCGCAGGAUAAAGGCCGUAAAUAUGAGAGACCCAUGCAGAGGCUUGAGGAUGGUAUGGGAAAGGCUGGAAGAAACCUAUGGCUCACCCGAAGCCAUAGAACAUACCCUCUUCUCCAAGCUAGAGAACUUUCCAAAGGUGUCUUAUAAAGACCCACACAAACUGAGAGAGGAGAGUGGAAAUCGGUCGGUUCAAAGUAUAAGUUCCAACACAACGUUCACUUCCCUCCUUUCAGUGUGUUUGUCGACUUCAUCUGCAGCGAGGCUAGAACACAGACAGAUCCGAGCUUCAACACUGCAUCCCUCCAAACUACUGCAAAAAGAGAGAGACCAGACAAGUAUGUACAGACGCCAGUAGCAGUCCACAAGACCCAAGUGUCACCUGCUGAGAAAAGAGGACAUCAGCAAAGGGAUAUCAAUCUCGCAAAACAUUGUCUGAUCCAUGAUAAGCCUCAUUCACUAAAGAAGUGCAGGACCUUCAGAGAGAAGAGUUACGAAGACCGUAAGCAGUUUCUAAAAGAUCGUACUAUAUGUUUCCAGUGCUGCUCAUCCACAAGCCACUUCGCCAAGGAUUGCCAAGAGGAAAUUCGAUGCAAAGAAUGUGAAAGCACCAGGCAUGUUUCAGCACUCCAUCCAGGCCCAGCUCCUUCAAGGUCAAGGUCAGACCCUCCCACUUCAGAGAACAGUGGGGAGCCCAAUAAACCUGACGAUGACAAGGUUACUUCGAAGUGCACAGAAGUGUGUGGUGAUGGAGUAAGCACAAGAGCAUGCUCAAAGAUAUGCCUCACCGAUGUGUUCCCUAAAGGACAUCACGAAGAAUCGAAACGUAUGUACGCAAUACUAGACGACCAAAGUAAUUGGUCUCUGGCCAGGUCCGAAUUCUUCAAGCUCUUCAGCAUCACAGGAGCUCUGCAACCUUACACGCUGAAGACGUGCGCAGGACUCAAGCAGACGACUGGCCGAAGAGCUACCGGGUUCAUGGUCGAAUCAGUGGACGGAAAAAUCAGUCUCCCGCUUCCAACACUUUUGGAAUGUAACCAGGUCCCUAACAACUGCUCGGAGAUCCCCACACCAAACGCAGCUCUUCAUCACAGUCACCUGAAAUCCAUCGCUAGAGCGAUCCCUCCUCUCGAUUCAGAGGCCAAGAUUCUCCUACUGUUGGGAAGAGACGUAUUGCGAGUGCAUAAGGUGCGGGAGCAGAUCAAUGGUCCCCAUGACGCUCCCUUUGCCCAAAGACUCGACUUAGGGUGGGUCAUCGUCGGCGAUGUGUGUCUUGGGGGAGCACACAGACCGUCUCAAGUGAACACCUUCAAGACCACAGUUUUGGAAAAUGGCCAUCCCACUUACCUUGUACCAUGUACCAGCAAGGUCCAAGUAAAGGAGAACUUCAACUCCCAGCCCCUCAGUACAGCCCAAAUCACAAAUCGGUCACUAACACAUGCCGGAGAGAGUCUGGGCCAGUCAGUCUUCCAUCAGUCUGCCAAAGACCAUCAACUUGGACCAUCCAUGGAAGAUUGGACCUUUCUUCAGUUAAUGGAAGAAGAGUGUUAUCAAGAUAGCUCUAACAGUUGGGUUGCUCCUCUGCCCUUUCGUUCGCCAAGGAGACAGCUGCCCAACAACAGAGACUAUGCCUGCCGUCGCCUCUCUUCUCUUUGCCAAACACUAGAGAGGGGGCCGAAGAUGAGGGCCCAGUACCUUGAGUUCAUGAAGAAGCUGCUCGACAACAACCAUGCUGAAGUUGCUCCGCCACUUCCUGCCGGUCAAGAGUGUUGGUAUCUUCCAUCGUUUGGGGUCUAUCAUCCCAGGAAGCCAGAGCAAAUCCGCGUGGUCUUCGACUCCAGUGCUCCUUUUGAGGGAAUAUCUCUGAACGAUGUGUUGCUUACCGGUCCUGAUCUCAACAACAGCUUGCUGGGCGUCCUCCUAAGGUUCAGGAAAGAUCUUGUGGCCAUCACCGCAGACACUGAACACAUGUUCCAUUGUUUCAUGGUCAGGAAGACCACAGGGAUUAUCUCCGCUUCUUGUGGUACCGCAACAAUGACCCAAGCCAAGACAUCAUAGACUACAGAAUGUGCGUGCAUGUUUUCGGUAACAGCCCAUCUCCCGCGGUCGCAAUCUAUGGUCUCAGAAGAGCAGCCAAGCAAGGGGAGGGAGAGUUCGGAAGUGACGCCAGACAAUACGUAGAGCGAUGCUUCUAUGUGGACGACGGACUAUGGUCUUUCUCUACGGAAGAGGAUGGUAUCGGUAUCAUCAAGCGAGCUCAGAAAAUGCUUUCCAUGUCUAACCUUCGGCUACACAAGAUAGCGUCCAACAGACUUGCAGUCAUCGAGGCCUUUCCUCCCAAGGACCAUGCCAAAGAAAUUAAAAACCUGAACCUUCUCACCGACGAUCUCCCUUGUGUCUUGGGACAUCGUUACAGACACAUUCACUUUUCAGAUCUCAGACGAGGAGAAACCAUACACCAAAAGAGGAGUUUUAUCAAUGGUCAACAGCCUGUACGACCCUCUUGGGUUUCUGGCUCCAGUAACCGUACGAGGCAGACUUUUACUCAGAGAGCUCUCCAAGCAAGCCGAAGACUGGGACUCAGCACUCCCUCACGCAGUGGUGGUUCUAGACCAAAUUACUCCCUGGGCUAGAUUGGCACCCCAACCAGAGAUUACUAUCCCAAGGUUGGAGCUAUGUGCGGCAGUCCUCGCAGUUGAAAUUGCAGAGAUGGUGGUGGAAGAAAUGGAUAUGAAACUCGACCGCAUCACUUACUUCACCGACAGCAAAGUCGUGUUGGGAUAUAUUCACAAUCAAGCAAGGCGGUUCUACGUCUAUGUGAAUAACAGAGUCCAGCGGAUUCGACAGUCGUCAUCCCCAGACCAGUGGCGAUAUGUUCCCACGGAACACAACCCAGCAGACCAUGGGUCCAGAUCAGUCACUGCAGCCUCCCUGAGCACCACAACUUGGUUGACUGGACCAGCUCUCCUCCAGAAACCUUCACCGCACUUCUCCGAACUUGAAGAACCCUUUGACCUCCUCAACCCUCUCACCGAUGCCGUGGUACGUCCAUUGAUCACAACCACUGGGAAAGAUGUCUUGAAUGAUGUGAUGAGCACCAAGAGGUUUGAGCAUUUUUCAGCACACUCAUGGCGGCAGUUGCAUGCCUGAUCCACAUAGCUCAUUCAUUUGCCCAGUCCACACCAGACAAUGCCUGCCAAGGCUGGCACAUCUGUUGUGCAGGUCCCACUGAAGAGGAGCUGGAGAAAGCAAAGAUCUUCGUGAUCAAAAGCGUGCAGCAGGAGUGUUUCCUCAAAGAAUUGAACUGUAUCGCUAGAGGUAAGAAUCUCUUGACUCAAAGCAGUCUAAAGAAGCUAUGUCCCAUCGUUGACAGCAAUGGACUGCUGAGAGUGGGAGGCCACAUUACACAGUCAGAACUGGGAAAAGACGAAACCAACCCCAUUAUUAUCCCAGGUAAACAUCAUUUGGCAACUCUGCUUGUGCGUCAAUAUCAUCACGCCGUGAAGCACCAAGGUAGACAUUUUACAGAGGGGGCCAUCCGUGCUGCCGGGUUCUGGAUUGUCGGGGCCAAAAGGUGCAUCGCAAGUCUUCUCAUCAAGUGUGUGACAUGCAGGAAGCUUCGCGGGAAGACAGAAUACCAACAGAUGGCCGAUCUUCCAGCAGCGCGACUUCAAGCAGUGCCACCCUUCACCUAUGUAGGUGUCGACAUCUUCGGGCCGUGGGAAGUGGUUUCACGCCGCACCAGAGGUGGUCAUGCAGACAGCAAACGUUGGGCUGCAUUAUUCUGCUGCAUGUGUACGAGAGCUGUGCACAUAAUAAUAAUAAUAAUAAUAAUUCAUUUUAUUUGUACAGUGCUUUUAAAAACACUCAAAGACGCAGAACAUAGUACGUAAAAUUCAAGAUAAUAAGACAAAGACAUGAAAACAGUAAGAUGAACAAAACAGUUAAAUAUUAAAAGCAAUUUUAAAUAAGUGAGUUUUUAAAAGGGAUUUAAAAGUUGUGGGGUCAGGGCAGUGUCUGAUGGAGGGGGGUAGGGAGUUCCAAAGGGUAGGGGCAGCUGUGGAGAAUGCCAGAUCCCUCCAAGUUCGGUGCUUGGGCCGAAAUUCCAUUUCUUUAAGAAAUUGUUCAUGUUCCAGGUGCAUUUGCUCUUGUUUUAGCAAUCUAUCUUUCUGUCUUUCCUGCAACUCUAGCUCUUUUAAAGCCAAUUCUCUAAGUCUUAAUUCAAUAGCAGGAUCUGAUAAUUCAGGAGGUGGACUUCUAGAUGGAGACAAAGGUGUAGACUUAAGGAUGCCAUUUUCAAUCAAAGCAGCCUUAAGGGCAUCUCUGGUGCUCUUCUUUAAGCUUUUGUCACUACUACAAAUUGUGACUUCAUAAUAGUCAGCAAGUUUUAAAAGCUGAUCUUUGGUUAAGUUGUCAAGCAACUCUUCAGAGGGUGCACUAAUAAAGUCAUCAGGGGUUGCCAUCCUAGAUAACUGCACAAAAAACUAAAUUCAAGCUAAACAAAAAAGUUAGCUACAACAAGUCACCCACAAACAAGACAAAUAGGCUCAAGGCCUCAAAAGUGUCCAACACAGCAGAAGCAGUUAUAGAUCAAAAUCUCUCUCUACAAAAUGGCUACCAGAGCCACAACCACAAAAGUAGGCCUACAAACCCUGUCACAACACAAAUUCGCACAAUAUAUUAACCAAAUAGGAAACAUUGGUAAUAUAUAGUACACAAAGGCAACUCUAAAGUCAGGUAAACUAGCCUACACGAAGUCAAGAACACUUGACUAAACAAAACUGCACAAAACACAAGUUAGGAUGAUGGACACACCACUACUAUGGCCUCCAACUCAAAAAGGAGCACCAUCACCAGACAUACUGACAAUGUCUGAUGCAGUCCCUCCUCAGAGUUUGCCACCAAAAAUAAAAAAGAAAAAUAACAAAUGAGAGGCUGAAGGAAGGACGAUAUAAAUCAGCCCAGCUAGCUCCUCCUAACCCAACCAGGGAAGAUUACAUAUGCAUAAUGUUAAUAUACUCAAAACUAUACUCACCACAUGCUCACCAGAAGAAAGGAACAAAGCAGCACAUGACCACAUGAUUUGAACAGCUCAACAAUGAAAUAAAAAUUACCAGUCUAGGGGAAAUACAACAAACUCAACUAAUCUGGCUUCAAUCCCUAAUCAAUCCCGGACGAGCCCCCAAUAUGUUACGACCCUGGCUCAGGGGAAGCAACAUAAGGGAACUGAAACAAUUCAAAGUUUUCGCCAAAGCAUUUAUUUACAAGAACUCAAAAUAACAAUGAAGGUAUGGGAGCUGGGACAGCAUGUCUGGUCUGGCUGCAGGCUGAGAGAGAGAGUGUGGAAGAGUCUCCCUUGGCUUUUAUGGACUGCCCACAGGUGCAGGUGAUCAGCUCAAUUAUCUGGUGGAGCCAGCAUAUGGAGGCCAGCAAGUGUCACAAAGGAGUCCUCAGGAGUGCCUCCAAGAAAACACAUAUUAG